AUGGCCAUCGAACCGACCUCGGACCCGCUCUCCAUCACCUCGGAGCUGCACAUCGCCAUCCCCUCUCCCGCCGACCGACCACUGCCAGCUUCGUCCGACAACGCCGCGCAAACCCUCUCGCCCUCCACCAGAUUCGAGACGCCACUCAAAGUCGCCUCCUCCGACACUUCUCAAAGGGCGGCACACAUGGCCGCCCUGGCGGAUGCCAUGGAUGCAUCCCGCUCCCAGCUCAAUGCACACCUCACCGCUUGGAAGGACUGGAUCGGAAAGGAAAUCGACUCGACUUCUGGGCUCAAACCUGAGGGUGGCGUCGCCGCCUCCGUACGGAGACGAGAGGGCGGUGAUGACGAUGACGAUGAGGAUGAGGACGAUGAAGAUGAGGAAGCGGACGAAGACGACGACUAG